CUCCAACCAACUAAUCAAGUGCGUUAACCAGCAUCGGCCUCAUACUGUCUUCUACUGAAUCCUGAAGAAGCGCUUGAUAUUUAGAAAAGAACGGCAGUUUUUUUGGUGGUCACGCGGGAGGAUGAACUGGAAUUCCGCUGUUUCGCUCUCUCCUCUUUGGGGUUGACGUCUCGUCUCCACAUCUUGAUCAUGUCUCCAGUGUACUCUCCCCCCAAAUACUCCACUGGUUCCACCCUCUUAAGCCCCUACAGUUCCUAUGACCCCUGUGAUCCCACUCUGGGAUAUAUCGUCCGUGGUCAACCCCAGCUCUCCAGGUAUGCUCCUUCCACCUCCCGCUACCUGAACCCAAGACCUUGCCUCUCCCGAGGCGUUUUGUUCUUCCCCCAGGAACAUGGGCGAGCUGCACCCCAUUCAAACCCCCACAUCACCCGUCGAAGUGAAAGCUCCAGUCGGAUGCAGGUUAAAGCUCCAAUUCCUCGGACGAAUGGGCUAAGGGGCCGCUCGCCUUCAAGGACCGGAUACACUUGCAUAUCUCCCCUAUCAAGGCAGCACAGAUCAGUCAGUCAGUCAGACCUGGUACAUGAACUGGUCACAUUGGAGAUCUGUGAACAAGGAGCGGUCGAGAGAGGAGUGUACCCAAUUAAAGAGAGCACGAUCAGGGGACGGACGGAUUGCUCAGGGCCUCUGUACUGGAGCUUAGAGAACUCAAAGAAUGCUCAGGGUCUGGUGGGCCUCAAAAAUCUAGGAAAUACUUGUUUCAUGAACUCCAUUCUGCAGUGUCUGAGCAACACUCAUGACCUGAGGGACUACUGUCUGCGUAACACGCACCGCACUGACCUCAACAACAACUGCAGGGCCAAAGCUGCACUGAUGGAGGAGUUUGCCAAGCUCACUCAGACUCUGUGGACAUCAGCUAGCAGUGAAGCCAUCAGCCCUUCUGACUUUAAAAUGCAGAUCCAGAAAUAUGCUCCUCGAUUUGUGGGCUACAAUCAGCAGGAUGCUCAGGAGUUCUUGCGGUUUCUGCUGGAUGGACUCCAUAACGAAGUAAACAGAGUGACAGUGAAAUCCAGAGCGCCCAUAGAGGACUUCGAUCACCUCUCGGACGACGAGAAAGGCAUAAGAAUGUGGAACAAGUACCUGGAGAGUGAGGACAGCAAAGUAGUUGAUCUGUUUGUUGGCCAGCUGAAAAGCUCAUUGACGUGCAGCGAGUGUGGCUACUGCUCAACUGUGUUUGAUCCUUUCUGGGAUCUGUCUCUACCUAUCGCUAAGACUUCAGGAGAAGUGAGUUUGAUGGAUUGCCUUCGUCUUUUCACCAAGGAGGAUGUACUAGAUGGGAAUGAGAGACCAACAUGCCACAGAUGUAAAACCAGACGCAAAUGCACGAAAAAAUUCACAAUUCAAAAAUGUCCCAAAAUCCUGGUGCUUCAUCUGAAGCGUUUCUCUGAGUGUCGAGUCAAAACCAGCAAACUCUCCACCUUUGUGAACUUCCCCCUCAAAGAGCUGGACCUCAGGGAAUUUGCAUCUGAUAACAGCAUAAACGCAGUCUAUAAUCUGUAUGCCGUGUCGAAUCACACUGGUACAUCUUUGGGUGGCCAUUAUACAGCGUACUGCCGCAAUCCCUCUACAGGAGAGUGGUACACCUACAAUGACUCCAGGGUGAGCCCCAUGUCGUCCAGCCAGGUGCGCAGCAGUGAUGCAUAUGUGCUUUUCUAUGAAUCUGCGACCUCAUCACGCCUGUGAACAGGCCUGCCUGAAGGCUACACCUGACAAAGCCUUGCAUAAAAGAAACUCUUCUGUUGCUUCCGAAUUGAAUAAAUCUUGGUCUGGGUCUACACGCUUGCUCAGAUCCUGGGACUAAAUUCCAGCGGAGGACCAUGGGACAUUAUCCCAAGCCUAUGAACCAAGGACAGGAACUGAAUUAUGGUCAAGGCCUGCAUAUGAAGCCUGGGAUGAGAGUUCAGUCCAAGACCAGAUUGAGCUUCAGUGUAAGGGCUUCUCCAUCCAUCAUUCCCUUUGAAAGAGGCUGCUGCUCUGGGAACUGGUUUAAUGAACUGAAACUGAAGGACAUGAACACUACCUCUCUUGAAUGAGCAGGACUGUGUGUGUGUGCGUGUGUGUGUGUGUGUGUGUGUGUGUGUGUGUGUGAGUCACCAGACUGAUAUUGUUAGACUCAAUGCAUUGUGCAGCUGGAUCUCUCCGGCUAUACAAGCAGUCAACAUUACAACGCAAACAACUCCCAUCACUUAUUUAAGUUAUUUACAUGAGUUUAAUGUUUUACUUAAUUUAAAACUAAAUUCUACUCAUUUAAAUGUGAGGUCAUCUAACUGAGGGACCAUAAACUGUAGGUCAACAGUGUAAAUGAUGCUUGGAUGGUUCAACUGAUUGUUUACUAUUUCAAACAGAUGAUAUGCUUUGGCGAUUUGCAGGAUAAUAUGCACAUUGGAAGGGCUCUGCAUGGAUUUGCCCCUUCUAAACCCUCACCAUUACAGAGAAGAUUGUAUGUUUUUUCCACCUGAUGGCCAGGCGUUGUAAAACUGAAAACAAACUAUGGAAGUCCAUCUCAAAAGAGUAUUCCCCUCUUUGGACUUUUGCUGACGCACUCAUUUUCCUCUAGGGACAAUAAAGGAUUUGAAAGAGGCCUUAAUAUGUUUUGUUCUCCUUCUGUCAGGGACAACAUGGUUUUUAUUUGGGUAUGAGUUUUCAUGGAACAUGAAGCCACCAGGAUUGUGUGUGUGUUAUUUCUUUAUUUAUGAAGUGAGUGUUGUGAAUAAAGCUUAUUGUCGUGCUUGAACCAAUGUUUUUUUUACAGAGAGAUUUUAAGAGUGUUAAUUUUGUGUCUGAAAUGUGACUAGUGUACUGCAUAUCAAGUACCUUUGGCUUUUUGAAAGUCAGAUACAUAAAUAUAAAUAAAAACAAAUAGCUACAUGAAAAAUGGUGAAUUGUCUGCAUUACUAAAUAAAAA